UGGGCCCUGUCUGAAAGACAGAGAGAGAAAAAUAUUGUAAGAAAUGGAAAGAAAAGCGAUCGCGUUGUUAAUGGCAUCGGCCGUGUGCCUGUCCUACGUGGCUGGCUUCGCCGCCGCCGCCGAUGCCGACGAUUUGGAUCGCUUCCAAAUUCAGGGAUCCGUUUACUGUGACACGUGUCGUGUCCAGUUCAUUACCCGCCUCAGCAAGUUCCUCCAAGGAGCGAAAGUGAGAUUGGAGUGCAAGAACAGGGUGAACGGAACCCUAACGGUGUCAAAAGAAGCCGUUACGGACGAGUCGGGGAGUUUCCUGAUGGAAGUGACGGGAGACCACGAAGAAGAAGUGUGCGAGAUCGUCCUCGUCGAGUCUCCGGACAAAGACUGCAGCGAAGUGAGCAAAGAGGCAUUCCUCCGUAACGCCGCUAAGAUCAGUUUAACGGCGAAUGACGGAAUCGUCUCCAACGAGACACGUAUCGUUAACCCUCUCGGUUUCAUGGUCAAGACGCCGUCAACGGAGUGCCCCGCUGCCUUCAAAGAGCUCGGAAUCAAACCCGACGUUAUCUUCUAAAACAUAUUAUAAAGUCCAUGUGUCAUUGAGUUAAUUUAAAUUCAUGUGCUUUUCUUUUGUAACAUUUUCAAAAAAAAAUAUGGCGGUGUUCUAUACACAAAGUUUGUAAUUUGGUGACACGUUUGUCGAGGAAAAGUUACACAAGACAUUGGGUUGAAUUGUCGUAUGUUGUCUAUUAAUUAUUGUGGGGUUUGACGUAA